UUCCAUCUCAAACUCAAUAGCCGCUGGGCGCCUGCACUGGCCCUCUCCCUCACGUCCUCUACCUCCUUCCAUAUUUGCCUACGGAUCUCACCACUUCUCCGAUCAGGAAAUGCAUUAAACCACAAUAAGAAACCUCACCAUGAUUAUGGAAUUGAAGUUAUGUACAAGUUUGCGCUUGAUUCGGACCUUUUGAGAGGUCGAUUAAUUUCUGACUCUUCUUCGAUCUUGGGCAGGUUUUGGCAGAUUUUCCACCAAUCGAUAUACAGAGUAUUGCUCGGUCAUAAAGAGAGAAAGAUAUUGAGCUGCCUGUUAGUGGAACUGUGGAAGAACUAUGGUUCACGCAUUUUCCCUAUUCUUAAAAGGAAAUCUGGUAGACAAGUUGCGAAAGAGUAUGUAUGUUAGUGAUUUGAUUCUAAAAACUUGAAACAUAACUAGUUUAUGCAGCGGGUAUGAGUGAGAGGCAAUCGUCUAGAAGAGGAAGAGAUAUUCCAGUUCACCAUGGUUCAGGUUUGUUCCCUGCCAUUUGUUUUCCCUUG